AUGGGAUGCUUCGCGACUUGUGGCAAAAUUCUGUUGGUGAUAGUGAACUUGUUUUUCCUGGUUAUUGGACUUGUUUUCUUCGUAGCUGGCUUUUUCUGUAAAUUUGGUAAUGAUACAUUGAAGACCUAUUACGACAGCGCCUUAACGAGUCUCUCCUCAAGUCUUUCCAGCUCAGGAUAUGACAGUGUGGACCUGUCCUCUUUUGAUAUCACAGAGAUAAUCGGGACACUCGGGAUUGCAUUGAUCGUGAUAGGGACAAUAUUACUGGUAAUUACGGUAUUCGGAUUUGUUGGCGCAUGCUGUAAGAUUCAGUGCAUGCUGAUUGGCUACUGCAUCCUUGUGUCGUUGAUUUUGAUUGGAGAAAUAAUUUUCAUUGGAAUCCUGUUUGGAAAUAAAACAUUGAUCACAGACGGAAUUAAGACUCCACUGAAAGCCUCCAUCCAGUCCGAUUACCAAGGACUUAACGGUACUAACGUCGUGUCACUGGCCUGGAACUUUGUACAUAUACAGGUGAAAUGCUGUGGCGUUGACAGUUACGAAGAUUUUACUGGUGCAGCACAAUGGUUAACGAAUUACCCAACAUACACUCUCGUGACGCCUCUCUCAUGCUGUAAAGAACUGCCAUCAUCUGCAGACUUCAGCUGUGCAGCAUCCCCAACCACUAGCAAUAACUAUAAAAACACAAGCUGUUUCGAUAGUAUCUGGGACUUGGUACUAGGCAAUAUUGGCCUGAUGGCAGGAAUAUUUGCAGGUUUGGGGCUUUUCCAGAUAAUGCUUGUUGUGUUUGGUAUCUGUUUGAUACUGGAUGGCCGAAAAAAUCGGGUUGGAAGUUCAACACCACGGAAUAGCCACAACCGCAACAGAAAGAGAUGGGACGAUUAG